AAGAGCCUGGAGACCUGGUACAGAUGGAUACAUACCCCUCAUCUGACCUUUGGCCUUCUGCAUCCACCGUCAACCAACUUCAUCUCAUACUCGUCCCAUCUAACAACUCUCAUCACUUAACAGCUGCUAGUAGUUCGGCAGAAAGAUACAGCAACAACAUACACAAUGGCCACGGCAGAAACCGUAGAUCUGGGUGCUGUGCACGCGCCUAAAGAAGAGUCCAUAAAGGUGUUCCAAGAGAUUGCACACGAUCUCAAAAGAGAACUUCUCCACAUCCGACGUGAACAUCAAAAGCACGAGCCCGAGUACUUUCAGGCCGUUGAACACCUCGACGACCACCAACUAGCCGCUUUUGGCCCGGACAACUUCGUGGCCGUAAGAGUUGCCAGUUCGGCUUACGGAAUUCACCUUUUUGGCAAGGUCCGAAUCCCAGCACUACCUGAGUCGGGGCCUGCCUAUAUUCACUUCCGCGCCUUUGUGCCCGGAGCUGAGUCGCCAAAGCUUCACAGCAUUCACACCGAAGAGACUGAUCAUUCGGACGGGGACAAGACGUACAGAGCCAUAUUCACUAAAGAUGACGACCUUGAGUGGUUUGAUACAUAGAUAUGGGAUGGGCCGAGAGCAAGUUGGUUAGGAGUUCUCAUCUCAUGGGCU